AUGAAGCUGACGGACAACGUGCUGCGCAGCUUCCGAGUGGCCAAGGUGUUCCGGGAGAACAACGACAAGAUCAACUGCUUCGACUUCUCCCCCAACGGCGAGACCCUCAUCUCCAGCAGCGACGACGACUCUAUCGUCCUCUACGACUGCCAGGAGGGCAAGCCAAAGAGGACAUUGUACAGUAAGAAGUAUGGAGUUGAUCUGAUUAGGUACACACAUGCAGCAAACACUGUGGUUUACAGCUCAAACAAAAUUGAUGAUACCAUUCGUUACUUGUCACUUCAUGACAACAAGUACAUUAGAUACUUCCAUGGUCACAGUAAGAGGGUUGUGGCGCUAUGUAUGUCUCCUGUGGAUGACACCUUUAUGUCUAGUUCUUUGGAUAAAACUAUCAGAUUAUGGGACCUCAGAUCACCCAAUUGCCAGGGCUUAAUGCAUCUUCAAGGGCGGCCAACGUGUUCUUUUGAUCCUGAGGGACUUAUUUUUGCAGCUGGCGUGAAUUCUGAGAUAAUUAAACUUUAUGAUUUGCGGUCAUUUGACAAGGGUCCUUUUGCCACAUUUAAGAUGCAGCAUGAACGAACUUGCGAGUGGACAGGAUUGAAAUUCAGCAAUGAUGGAAAGCUGAUGCUGGUCUCUACCAAUGGUGGCAUGGUUCGACUCAUUGAUGCUUUCAAAGGAGCAGUACUGCAAACGUUUGGGGGAUUCAACAACAGCAAGGGUAUUAGUUUGGAGGCAUCGUUCACUCCAGAUUCUCAGUUUGUGAUGAUAGGAUCAGAGGAUGGUAAAGUUCAUGUGUGGAAUGCUGAAAGUGGCUUAAAGGUGGCUGUCUUAGAUGGAAAACAUACAGGUCCAGUUUCUUGCCUUCAGUUUAAUCCCAAAUUUAUGACAUUUGCCAGUGCAUGUUCUAACAUGGCAUUUUGGCUACCCACGAUUGACGACUGAAGUAAAAUUUUGAAUAAUUUUUUAAUAAACUCUUCGAUCGGAGCCUGACUGAAUCCAGAAAGUUUGGUGUCCAGGUUUUUUUUUAGAAUUUCUUCGGUGAGAGUAGUUUGAACUUGAUCACAGACCGAUGAUUCAAAAUAUUUUGCCUGGAUGCUAUUGGUAAUACUAAUGAUGGUUACAGAUACUUGCAGAUACAAGAAAUACAAAAAAAUGAAGAUGGUGUCUCCAGAUCUUUUACAUCCUCGCAUGGUCUUUGGAAUUUUGAGCUUCCAUGACUUCAUUUCUUUCUUCUGAGCAUGUGGAAACUUCAUUUACACUUGUUUUUAAAACUAUUCCUUGAAAAUAUGUGGACAUUAUAUGUGGGCCAUCACCAAUUGUCUAAAAGCACAGCUGACCAGGAGGUUUUCGUGGUCAGUGCCAUUGCUAUGGUGAUUUUUGUGUCCAACAAUUCUGCCGUUUCACGGUUUUAAGAGUCAAGAACCCAUUACAGUGUUUUGUCAAUGAUCUUGUUUGGAUCAAAUGGACGAUUUUUUGAAAGACUUGAGCAAAAAAACUGGGAAAAUGCACAGUAGUACUAUGAUUAGUAUUUUGGUUGUAGGUGUCUAUCAUUUGCCUAAAGGGGAAACUUUCUCUCCUGAGUUUUCCAUCAAUGUCUCGUCUUUUUGGAAAAAUUGAGUUGGUUCAUUUGCUGUGGUAAUCAGACCAACUGAUUAUAUUCCUUUUGCAGAGAUAUAUAUCCGUGUUACUAUAUUGUAUAUUUGUGUACAGUUUUAAAUGAUAUUAAUUCAGAACAAAGUUUGAAGCAGCUUUGGGAUGUUUUAUGUAAAUAUACAGUGGGUGGUUUGUUUUUGCAAUUUUUAGCAAAAACAAAUUACGUUAUUCAGCUGUAAUCUGUACUUGUAAAAGGUGUAGAUGCGUUUUGCAAUGUGGGUGCUUUAAAAAAAACAAAAACUUUGGGUGUUUUAAUGUGCCAAAGAUGUAUUUUUGUUCAACCAGAAUAAUAGUGUGCAAUGCAGAAACUUGAACGUCUGAUUCAUGGUAUUAAAAAGUUGAGCAGCAUAUCCAAAGGAAAGUGGUUUAUAUUUCAGUGGAGAUUGCAAUAUUGGAAAUAUACUAAUUCUGUCUGGCAAAUUGCCUUCUCUUUUGCUCUUCUGGGGAAAAUUGAAAUGGCUUAACAUCCAUUGUUUAUGAAAAUUUGCAGUCGGGGCAAAUCUCAAAUAUAAAACAUUUAUGACUAGAAAUGUAUGGGCUUGGGAAAGAACCUCUUUCAUUCUGUAUAGCGGCUGACUCAAAUGAUGUUGCCCAUCUCCUUUGAAAUGUUAAUGCAGGAGAGAAUAUUCAAGAUUAGUGGGUGGAAUUGGGGAAGUUAUCGGAUAAAAUUUCAAGAAUUCAAAUUGUCCGAUCAAUUUUGCCUUUCUUUUCAAGUGAGCCCCACAGUUUUGAUAAUUGCAUAAUCCUGGUGGAAACUUGGUGUACAAAAAAAAAAGCCCACCUGAUUUUGUGAGCAAGUUGUGUUGCAAAAUCGUCUUGUAGCCAACAUGAGAUUGUGUUGACAAACUUUUGAUCUUUGGUGCUUUCUAACAUACAACCUUGUAAAUACUGAACCAUUGUCCAGUCGGAAAAUAUACUUUGUGUACAGAAUAUAAUGAAAGGGAAGCGGCGAUUACCAUUGUAGACUUGAAUUGAUCCCUCUUUCACUAUUCAUGAAUGAGAUGACAACUCGCGCACUAACCUUCCAUUUUGUGUCCAGUGCAACUCCAUCUCCUUUGUAGUAUUGAUUUCUGUUUGUUUUCUAAUACAUGUUUGUAACUGAGCAUGUUAUCUUAUGGAUGUUUUGCCAUUAAAGUACUGCAUUGGUA